AUGGCCGUCAUAGACGCCGGUUACAAGCGGCUCUGCAGCGACGCUACGUUGCAAACCAAGAAGGACGGCUACUUCAUGACGUUUGACUCCCAGCCGGCCGCCUCAGGGGACGAGGCUCACAAGAUGGCCGUCAUAGACGCCGGUUACAAGCGGCUCUGCAGCGACGCUACGUUGCAAACCAAGAAGGACGGCUACUUCAUGACGUUCGACUCCCAGGUACAGCUGGAGGUCUGCAGAGGCUGUUCCGGCGUGCUGACCUUCUGCGACACGACAGGGGACCUGCUCAGUAUCGGCUUCGCCAACCGGUCGGCGGCGCUGCUGCACAUGGGCGAGUACGCGCUCUGCCUGCGCGACAUCACAGCGGCACUGGCUGCCGGCUACCCGGCCCGCCUGCGCGACAAGCUGCUGGACCGGCGUGCCACCUGCCAACUCAAACUGGGUGAAGUCACAGCCAGUCGCGGGACACUGCAGGAGUUAAAAACGGCACUUACGGUGGUCGACCUCAACGAAAAGAAGAAGCCUGUGCUGCAGGCGGAGCUGGAGCAGCCGGCGCCGCCUCCGCUGCCCUCCCGUGGCGGACACUUCGUCAGCGCCAGCGCGGCUGUGGACGUGGCACACGCGGCCGGCGAGGGACGCUACGCCGUGGCGGCGCAGCACGUGCAGCCCGGCGACGUGCUGGUGGUGGAGAAGCCGCACGCCUCCGUCCUCAUGGCUGAGAAGAUGAGCACCCACUGUCUCCAUUGCUUGAAGAGGGUGCUUACGGCGUUUCCGUGCGCCGCGUGCAGCAGCGUCGUGUUCUGCAGCCCCGAGUGUGCCGCGGCCGCCACCUAUCACUGUUGGGAGUGCACCAUCCUGGACCUGCUGCAGGCCUCCGGCAUGUCCGUGCUGUGCCACCUGGCGCUGCGGCUUGUAACCAGCUACCUGGCCGUCCACCAGCUGGUCACGCUGGGCGAGCUCAGGAAGCCGGAGGAUUUCUUCCACCGCACCCUAAUGGCAGUCCUUUUACUCAAACAUCUCCGGAUGACGGGAUACUUAGGAGAGAUCCUGGAGGAUGAUGGCAAGUGUUCGCACUUGAUCCCUGAGUUGAAGGACUCGUCGCUGUUGCACCACCUGCAGCUGCUGCAGUUCAACGCACACGAGGUGGGCGAGUACGUCAUGAUGGAACCGGGCCAGUUCAAGCAGUCGCGCAGAAUCUACAUCGGUGUGGCCGUGUACCCGACGGUCUCCUUCUUCAACCACAGCUGCGAAGGCGGCGUGUCCAGGUGCCUCGUGGGCGAUACCCUGGUCGUCCACUCUGUCCAGCACCUGGCCCCGGGCAAUCACAUCUCCGAGAACUACGGCCCCGUGUACUCCCACAAGCCGCUGCGGGAUCGGCAACACUGGCUUCGCUCCCGGCACUGGUUCGAGUGUAAAUGCGUCGCCUGCGUGGAGGAUUGGCCGGACUACGACCAGUUCGACCAUACCAAGGUCUCCAUCAAAUGCCAGGGAUGCGGUUCUGGCAUCACCAGCUAA